AUCAGUGUGGGGUUUUGUGCAUCUCCGGUGGGAGGCAACGCACGAUUUUUUUUUUUUGGGGGGGGGGGGGGGAGGCGAGCAAGAUGGGCUUGUAAGGGGGAGUUCUGAUGCAGUUGACCCCACACCCCAUGCAAAAACUGGGGAAAGGAAGACCCUACCUGUCCUUUCCUAGGAUGGGAUGUUAGCAAAAACAUCCCCAUAGAAGCCAGGAUGGUGCAUAGCAGGUUGCCAGGAUGGUGCUACCUGGCGGGGAAGGCGUUAUCAAGGAGCAAUCGUGGUUUGCUGAAGGGGAAGAAGAGUCCCCACAAAGUGGCCUUGUUCACAAGUCAGGCAAACCUGGGUCCUACAGAAAAGGACCCAAAGACUAAUAAGCUUCUCAAGGAGUGGACCUUGGUUGUCACUCCUUUUGGUCUGCUGAAGGCGCGUCUCCCUUGCCACAUUACAGUGGGGCCCCUGGACCCCCAUAAGUACCCCGAUUCUGACAAGGUAUUUGUUGCCCUUAAGGGCAGGGAUUCCAAUCCUGACCCUGCCUCUGGUCUGCUUGUGAAUUACGAUGAAGCCCGGAAGGAGGUGAAGAUUAUCUCUGAUGGUGUGGACGGCACAGCUUCCCUGGAUGUGAGGACCCCUGUAAAUUUUGAUUUGGAUAUCAAAACAACCAGAAAUGGCUCUGUGAAGAUUGAACAAAUGCAAUGUGCUAACUGCAAAGUAGAAACAGAGAAAGGAGCGAGUGUAUUGAAGUCAAUAAAGAGUCAUAAAAUUGAUCUCCGAGCAAAAGGAGGGGACGUUACCUGUUUGGGAACUCUUCAAGGAAAUACUGAUAUUCUUGUGUCACAAGAAAGUAAUGUGAACAUUGAAAAACUCCAAGGAUCAUCCAUUAACAUUACAAGUGAAAAUGGUUUGCUCAAAGCUAAAUAUUUGUAUGCCGAGUCCUCGUUUCUGACUUCAGUGGCUGGCGACAUCUUACUGGGGAACGUCCAUGGUGAUAUUACCUUGGAGACCAAAACAGGGAGCAUCACAGUUGGUUCCAUUAACCUCAAGGUACCUGCAACUCUUCAAACUUCUCUGAAAUUGUCUGGAAGGAAGGUGGAAAUCAGUCCAGAAAUCCAAUUGCAGGAGAUCCAGACUGUCUCGAGUGAAGAUCGUGUUGCAGUGACGGGCCACAUGGAUCAAAAGGAUGCAAAAGGAAGACAUAUUAAAGCGGAGACACAGUAUGGCACCAUCAAUCUCAAAUGUCAAAGCUGGUUCCAAUCUUUGAAAUUGAAGAUUCCUUGACAAUACUUACUUUAUAAAUAAA